UUUAGUGACACAAAGCACAAUGGUUGCUGGAAUGCUGAUGCCCCUGCGGGACCUGAGGGCCAUCUAUGAGGUCCUGUUUCGAGAUGGUGUCAUGGUGGCCAAGAAGGACAAGAGGCCACAGACGAAGCACCCUGAGAUAGAAGGUGUGAGUAACCUACAAGUAAUCCGUGCCAUGGGGUCUCUUAAGUCUCGGGGCUUUGUGAAGGAGACAUUUGCCUGGAGACAUUUCUACUGGUACCUGACCAACGAAGGCAUUGUUUACCUGCGUGACUACCUCCGCCUGCCACCUGAAAUUGUCCCUGCCUCCCUGCAGAGGGUUAGGAAACCUGCUGCCACCUUGGCCGUUGCCCACCGGGCUGCACGGGUCCAAUCUGUGGAAGGUCCUACAUCUUAUGUUCCUAAGCCAGGACGCAGGGGUGAAGCAGAGAGCCAAGAGGCUUUGGCCGAGCGUCAAGGCUACCGCCAUAAGAUGAUGGGUCCCGGAGAAAGAGAGAGCUUCUCUGAUAGGACCCCCAGGUUUAGGGGUCGUCCGCUGGCUACAGAACCAGUCAGGCCAAAAGCAUCAUGGGAAGUGGAGGACCAGUCUCAGUCUCUGUUUAGGCAGGGGAAGAGCUUCAGAAGUGAAGCAGCUGUGAUGGAGGAGAACAGGGGAAAAAGAGCUUCUCAUCAGCAGCGUGAUGUUAGCAGCGAGAAGCCAGUAACAACGUCACAGGAGAGAAAAGUGCCUGAAGUCCAAAAGGAGAGCGCUCCAGUUUCUGUCCAGGUUCAGAGCGCAGCUCUGAAACAGGAUGUGUCACAGACUCUGACAUCAGUGUCCUCCAAAACAGCCCUACCAUUAACUGUGGCUGCUGUCGCUGAGGCUGCAGGUGCUGCAACAUCAAAGAUUCCAGCUGAACCCUCUACUGCUAAAACAAAUAAAGAGAAGCUUAAGCUUACUGAUGAAACAGCAUCCACAAAGUCUCAGAAAAUGGUAACAAGCAAUUCAACUAUCACAACACCUCCUUAUACAGAGGUGCAAGAGGAGAGGAUGAAAAAGGUAACUGUGGAUCCAGUUAAAUCUGCAGAGGUCAAGGCUACACCUGAAAUGGCAACUAAAGCGAAGGCUCAGGAGACCUCCAAACGCCUUAAUAACACUGCCACACCAGUCAUCUCAAAACCUGUCAAUAAAGAUGUCAAGGAAGAGAAGCCUGAGAGAGCAAAGGUUAAUGAGGAAUUAGUUAAACCUGCAGAAGUGAAGACCCCAGUUGAAUCAAAAAUACAACAUGAGAGGGCCAAGAAAACUGCCAAAGUCCCUACCACUCAGGAGACCACCAAACCCACACCUGAUUGUACCACCAGCAAGCCAGUAUUGCCCACUGCUGCAGUAAAGGAGAUCUCUAAAGUUACAGUGACUCAGGAGCCAAUUGAUGCUAAAGUGACCUCAGUAAAUCUCUCAGUAAGUAAAGUGCCGCAGAAAACUACUGUGGUGGCUGAGUCCUCAAUACUUGAAGUUAAAACUACAACGACUCGCUCAGCACCUGUGGCCAGUGCUGCAGACGCAAAACCGGCCAAGGGGGAUGCUACAGUGACAGAGAUGAUUACAAAACAGGAGAAAACUGACAUAAAGGUGAUGCCCCAUGUCAAGAAAGAUGAAAAAACAGUGCCAGACGAGGCCUUUAAAGUCUCAGUUCAAGGCCCUGCAUCAGCACUAAAAGAAUCCUCUUCACCUGAGCGCAGUCAAAAUGCUGCCAACACAGAGGAGCUUGUGGAAACCAGACAAGUGGUCGAGGGAAGCUCUAAAUCAAAAAGGAAGAAAAAGAAAUCUCCAGGUGAGAUAUCCAAGAGUAUCAAAGCUGAGGAGCUGCCUGACGAGAAGGAAAAAACCUCUACUGACAAGCCCCCUGAGGAGGUGGGUGAAAAUACCCUCCAACCCACACCAGUGAUUACCUCAGAGCCACUGUCUGUGUAUACCGGCAUAAAGACUGUGGAGGAAAAUAAGACUCAGGUUGAAAUAGGUAUUCAUGGAGGGAAAAUACAGAAAGUCCUUCAACAAACUGAUGGGAAGCCAAAAAUGGAAGUCCCUAAACAAACUGUGGACCAGAGUAUUUCAAAAGUAGCAUCACUACCAUUAGAUCAGACCCCUCCACUGCCCCCGGUGGAGCUUCCAGGUGAUGCACAAGUAAAAGAGAAGGUUGAGGGAAGCAGUGCCAGCGAAAUAGCACAGGGAGCGCUAUGCUCCAAAGACAAGUUAAACUCUAAAUUGCCCCACAUGGAACCGGUGAAACCUGAGGAAAUCACUAAAGUGGAAACAGUGACUGUGCAGAAAACAACUGAAGUGGAGCUUAUAGAAGGAAGCCCUAAACCUGAAGAGAAAAGCCCUGCACCGCCGCCAGAAUCUCAGAAAGCCACGGUUGAGAGUAAAUCCCUAAUAAGCACAGAGAGAGGUGCAGAGGAAUCUUCAAAGGGCAGGAAGAAAGGAAAAGGGAAAAAGCAGGUUCAGGCACCAGUAUCAGACACCAUAAACACAAAGCCUGUCUGUUCGCCUGAAGCCGAAGCAUUGCUGUCCACUAACAUUACAUCAUUGCCCAAGGCCGCUGUUAAAGACAGCCCUGUCACGGCCUCUGAACUGACAGAAGUGAGUGCUCCUCCAAAGAUGACUCCUGAAAGAAUGUGCAGUGAGGAAACAAGGCAGGCAGCAGCUGUGCUCUCUGAGGCCCCGGCAGACAAAGGGGAGGUGGAGCCAGCACUGCCCUUUGCAGAAAAAAUCAAGCGGGAGGUUCCGAAACCAAAAACAUCCUCCACUGCGAGGGAAGCACACGCAGCCGGAGAAUUAGCGUCAGCAGCACCAGCGGUAACAGCAGAGGCAGCUGCAGCUCAGGCACAGGCCAGCCCCCUCGCCGAGCAAGAGGAGCCUCCCAAAGUUGCACAACGUUCAGCCAGUCAGGCAGCAGAGCGCAGCACAGAGAAAAGGCUCCCUGUCUCCGAGGCCUCGAGAAAGGAGGGAGAGAAGAAGAGGGACUUGGAGGACACACCCUCUGCCACUGCCACACCCGCAGCUGCCCGGCCCGACAAGCCUCACCUGGGGGACACCUGUGAAUCCGCUAGCCCUGACACAGACGAGGCCGCCAUGAAGAGGAAAAUUGUAGUGGUCGAAGAGAUAGUUGAGGUGAAGCAGAUUGUCAGUCCUCAGGCGACUGGCGAGCAGUCACCUCCUCCACCUGUGCAAACUGAGGUGGAAGGAGAAGAACUGGACCUGGAUGUUCUGGAAGCAAUUGCCAUAGAGCGGGCACUUUUGUCAGGGGCGGCGGGGGCCAGGGUGCAAGGGGCCUCACCUGAGGAAGAGUGGGACCACUCGCUGGGGGAGCCGGAGGAGAAGACGUGGCCCAACUUCAUUGAAGAUGAACGAGAUCGAGUACAGAAAAAGACCUUCACAAAAUGGGUCAACAAACACUUGAUGAAGCAUUGGAAGGCAGAGACGCAGCGUCAUGUGACAGACCUGUAUGAAGACCUUCGAGAUGGACAUAACCUGAUUUCGCUGUUGGAGGUCCUCUCUGGGGAAACACUGCCCAGAGAGAAAGGCCGCAUGCGAUUCCACAAACUGCAGAAUGUACAGAUAGCACUGGACUUCCUCAAACACCGGCAGGUCAAGCUGGUGAACAUCAGAAACGAUGACAUAGCGGACGGGAACCCCAAGCUGACCCUGGGGUUAAUAUGGACCAUCAUCCUCCACUUCCAGGUCUCCUCCUCUAUCUCAGAUAUUCAGGUCAACGGCCAGUCGGAGGACAUGACGGCCAAGGAGAAGCUGCUGCUUUGGUCGCAGAGGAUGACGGACGGCUACCAGGGCAUCCGCUGUGACAACUUCACCACCAGCUGGAGGGACGGCAAGCUCUUCAACGCUGUCAUACACAAACACUAUCCCAGACUCAUCGACAUGGGCAAAGUGUACAGGCAGUCCAAUUUGGAGAACCUGGAACACGCCUUCGGUGUGGCAGAGAGAGACCUGGGAGUGACACGCCUGCUGGACCCCGAGGAUGUUGAUGUCCCACACCCUGAUGAGAAGUCCAUCAUCACCUACGUAUCAUCUUUGUACGAUGCCAUGCCCCGUGCCGACGUCCACGAUGGCAUCAGAGCUAACGAGCUGGAGCUGCGCUGGCAGGAGUACUACGAGCUGGUGACUGUCCUGCUCCAGUGGAUCCGCCACCAUGUCAUGAUCUUUGAGGAGAGGAAGUUCCCCGCCAGCUAUGAGGAGAUAGAGCUUCUUUGGCGUCAGUUCUUGAAGUUCAAAGAGACAGAGCUGCCAGUGAAAGAGUCCGACAAGAACCGGUCCAAACACAUCUACCAGUCCUUUGAGAGUGCCGUACAUGCUGGUCAGGUGAAGGUCCCUCCAGGCUACCAUCCCAUUGACGUGGAGAAGGAAUGGGGUCGGCUUCACGUGGCCAUCCUUGAAAGAGAGCGACUGCUCAGGAUUGAGUUUGAGAGACUCGAGAGGUUCCAGAGAAUUGUCAGUAAAGUCCAGAUGGAGUCGGGGUUGUGUGAUGACCAACUCAGCCACCUGGAGACCCUGCUGCAGACGGACAUCCGUCUGCUGAAUGCAGGGAAACCAGCUCAGCACACAGCAGAAGUGGAGAAGGAGUUGGACAAGGCAGACAACAUGAUUCGCCUGCUCUUCAAUGAUGUGCAGAUACUGAAGGAUGGGCGCCACCCACAGGCUGAACAGAUGUAUCGCAGGGUUUACCGCCUCCAUGAGCGUCUGGUGAACUUGCGCAGCGAUUACAACCUUCGCCUGAAGUCUGCUGUGACCACCGUCCAGGCUCCCAUGACGCAGACCACUGUGAGGGUGCGACCCGAGUUGGAUGAUGUGACCCUUCGCUAUGUCCAAGACCUCCUGGCCUGGGUGGAGGAGAACCAGCAUCGCAUAGAUGAAGCCCAGUGGGGCUCUGAUCUUCCCUCUGUGGAGUCCCAGCUGGGCAGCCACAGAGGCCUGCACCAGACUGUGGAGGACUUCCGAUCCAAGAUUGAACGGGCCAGGUCUGACGAGACCCAGCUCUCUCCUGUCAGCAAGGGCACGUACAGAGAAUACCUGGGUAAACUGGACCUUCAGUAUGGCAAACUACUGAACUCUUCCAAGUCCCGCCUAAAGAACUUGGAUUCACUCCACGCCUUCGUCAGCGCUGCCACUAAGGAACUGAUGUGGUUAAAUGACAAAGAAGAGGAGGAGGUCAACUUUGACUGGAGUGACAGGAACACCAACAUGACGGCUAAGAAAGACAACUACUCGGGUCUCAUGCGAGAGCUGGAGCUGAGGGAGAAGAAGGUCAAUGAUAUACAGGCCAUGGGAGACAAAUUUGUCAACGAUGGACAUCCUGGCAAGAAGACAGUUGAGGCCUUCACAGCUGCCCUGCAGACUCAGUGGAGCUGGAUCCUCCAGCUGUGCUGCUGUAUUGAGGCUCAUCUCAAAGAAAACACAGCCUACUACCAGUUCUUUGCCGAUGUGAAAGAGGCUCAGGACAAGAUGAAGAAAAUACAAGAGAACAUGAAAAAGAAAUACAGCUGUGAUCGCUCCACCACAGCCACGCGGCUGGAGGACCUGCUUCAGGAUGCUGUGGAGGAGAGAGAACAGCUGAAUGAAUUCAAGACCCUUGUGACUGGCCUGAACAAGAGAGCCAAGUCCAUCAUCCAGCUGAAACCACGCAACCCCACCACCGCCAUCAAAGGCAAACUGCCUAUCCAGGCUGUCUGUGACUUCAAGCAACAGGAGAUCACUGUCCAUAAGGGAGAUGAGUGUGCGCUCCUCAACAACUCUCAGCCCUUCAAGUGGAAGGUCCUGAACCGCUCUGGACACGAGGCGGUGGUGCCCUCCGUCUGCUUCAUGGUACCCCCAGUCAACAAGGAGGCUAUGGACAGUGUGUCCAGUCUGGAUGGAGGUCAUCAGGAGAUGGUGUCUAUGUGGCAGAGGUUCCAUAUAGACAUGAAGAGCUUGCUGUCAUGGCAGUACCUGAUGAGAGACUUCACACAGAUUCGCUCCUGGAACAUCACCAUGUUAAAGACCAUGAAACCAGAGGAAUAUAGGCUGCUGAUGAGGAACCUGGAGAUCCACUACCAGGACUACAUGCGGGACAGCCAGGACUCGCAGCUCUUUGGCCCUGAUGACCGCAUGCAGAUCGAGGAGGACUACACCAAGUCAACCCAGCAUUUUGAGAGCCUUCUUCGCUCCAUGGAGAAAGGUCAACAGGAUGAGUCUCUGUGUAAGAACUACAUCUCUGAGCUCAAGGACCUGCGCCUGCGUAUAGAGGACUGUGAAGCUGGGACUGUGGCUCGCAUACGCAAACCUUUGGAGAAGGAACCUCUGAAAGAAUGUGUCCAGAAGACAACGCAGCAAAAGAAAGUCCAGGUGGAGCUUGAGGGUCUGAAGAAGGACCUUAACAAGGUGUCUGCCAAGACACAAGAGGUCUUGGCCUCCCCUCAGCAGUCUGCCUCAGCUCCUGUCCUGCGUUCAGAGCUUGACCUCACUGUGCAAAAGAUGGACCAUGCCCACAUGCUCUCCUCCGUUUAUCUCGACAAGCUGAAGACUGUGGAAAUGGUCAUCCGUAACACACAAGGUGCUGAGGGAGUUCUCAAGCAGUAUGAGGACUGUCUGCGUGAGGUUCACACCGUGCCAAGUGAUGUAAAGGAAGUAGAGACUUACAGAACAAAGCUUAAGAAAAUGCGAGCUGAGGCUGAGGGUGAACAGCCAGUGUUUGAUUCUCUGGAAGAAGAGCUGAAGAAGGCCACCGCAGUGAGCGACAAGAUGUCGCGUGUGCACAACGAGCGUGAUGCCGAGCUGGACCACUAUCGGCAGCUCCUGUCUAGUCUGCAGGAUCGCUGGAAGGCCGUGUUCACACAGAUUGACCUCCGCCAGAGAGAGCUAGAGCAGCUUGGCCGCCAGCUAGGCUACUAUCGUGAGAGUUACGACUGGCUGAUCCGCUGGAUUGCCGACGCCAAGCAAAGGCAGGAAAAGAUCCAGGGGGUGCCAAUCACUGACAGCAAAACUCUGAAAGAACAACUGUCCCAGGAGAAGAAACUGCUGGAGGAGAUUGAACAGAACAAAGACAAAGUUGAUGAGUGUCAAAAAUAUGCUAAAGCAUACAUUGAUACUAUCAAGGACUAUGAACUCCAGUUGGUUGCCUACAAAGCUCAGGUGGAGCCUCUUGCUUCUCCCUUGAAGAAAAGCAAACUGGAUUCGGCUUCUGACAACAUCAUUCAGGAGUAUGUAACACUGAGGACGCGAUACAGUGAACUGAUGACUCUGACUAGUCAGUACAUCAAGUUCAUCACUGACUCGCAACGCCGCUUGGAGGACGAGGAGAAAGCUGCAGAGAAACUCAAAGCGGAAGAGCAGAAAAAAAUGGCCAAGAUGCAGGCUGAGUUAGACAAACAGAAGCAGUUAGCUGAAGCUCACGCAAAGGCCAUUGCCAAAGCUGAGAAAGAGGCUCAAGAGCUGAAGCUCAGAAUGCAGGAAGAAGUAAGCAGGAGAGAAAUUGUUGCUGUAGAUGCAGAAAAGCAAAAGCACAACGUCCAGCAGGAACUGCAUGAGCUGAAAAAACUCUCGGAGCAGCAGAUCAAGGACAAAAGUCAACAGGUGGAUGAGGCUCUUCAAAGCAGGGUCAAGAUUGAGGAGGAAAUCCGCCUCAUCAGGCUCCAACUUGAGACAACAGUAAAACAAAAGUCUACUGCUGAAUCUGAGCUAAAGCAACUUCGUGACAGAGCAGCUGAUGCUGAGAAACUCCGAAAGGCCGCCCAGGAAGAAGCUGAGAAGCUCCGCAAACAAGUCAAUGAAGAGACCCAGAAAAAGCGCUUGGCAGAAGAGGAACUCAAACGUAAAGCCGAGGCGGAGAAGGAAGCUUCCAGGCAAAAGCAAAAAGCUCUGGAAGACCUUGAAAACCUCAAGAUGCAGGCCGAGGAGGCUGAAAGGCAAGUAAAGCAAGCAGAGAUUGAAAAGGAGAGACAAAUCAAAGUUGCUCAAUCAGCAGCCCAGAAGAGUGCUGCAGCUGAGCUCCAGAGCAAACACAUGUCCUUUGUUGAAAAGACGUCUAAGUUGGAAGAAUCGCUGAAACAAGAGCAUGGUGCUGUCCUUCAGCUGCAACAAGAAGCAGCAUAUCUCAAGAAACAACAGGAGGAUGCUGAAAAUGCCAGAGAAGAGGCAGAAAAAGAGCUUGAGAAAUGGAGGCAAAAAGCUAAUGAGGCCCUUCGUCUAAGACUCCAGGCUGAGGAAGAAGCUCACAAAAAGAGUCUCGCUCAAGAAGAAGCUGAGAAACAAAAGGAGGAGGCUGAGCGUGAGGCCAAAAAGAGGGGCAAAGCAGAAGACUCGGCCCUGAAGCAGAAAGAUAUGGCUGAGAAAGAACUUGAGAGGCAGAGGAAGGUGGCUGAAAGCACAGCUCAGCAGAAACUUGUUGCGGAACAGGAGCUGAUUCGACUUAGGGCAGACUUUGACAAUGCAGAGCAGCAGAGAUCCCUCCUUGAAGACGAACUUUACCGCCUGAAGAAUGAAGUUGUUGCAGCUCAACAGCAAAGGAAGCAGCUGGAGGAUGAACUUGCCAAAGUGAGGAGUGAAAUGGAUGUACUCAUUCAGCUCAAGUCUAAGGCAGAAAAGGAGACAAUGUCCAACACAGAGAAGAGUAAACAACUUCUUGAAGCUGAAGCUGCCAAGAUGAGAGACCUAGCUGAGGAGGCAAGCAAGCUUAGAGCCAUUGCAGAGGAGGCCAAGCAUCAGAGGCAAAUUGCAGAGGAAGAGGCAGCUCGUCAGAGAGCAGAGGCUGAAAGGAUUCUCAAAGAGAAGCUGGCUGCAAUCAGUGACGCAACUCGUUUAAAAACAGAGGCUGAAAUUGCCCUGAAAGAGAAGGAGGCAGAAAAUGAAAGACUCCGGCGGCAAGCUGAGGAUGAGUCUUACCAGAGGAAAGCUCUUGAAGACCAGGCCAACCAGCACAAGCAAGAGAUUGAGGAAAAGAUAGUCCAACUCAAAAAAUCAUCUGAGGCUGAAAUGGAAAGACAAAAGGCCAUAGUGGAUGAUACGCUCAAACAGAGGCGAGUCGUUGAAGAAGAAAUACGAAUUCUGAAGCUUAACUUUGAGAAGGCUUCAUCUGGAAAACUCGAUCUGGAGUUAGAACUGAACAAAUUGAAAAAUGUUGCAGAGGAAACUCAACAAAGCAAACUCAGAGCAGAGGAGGAGGCGGAGAAACUGAGGAAGCUCGCCCUUGAGGAGGAGAAGAGGAGGAGGGAGGCAGAAGAAAAGGUUAAGAAGAUCGCUGCUGCAGAGGAAGAGGCAGCCAGACAACGCAAGGCAGCCCAAGAGGAGCUUGAUCGUCUGAAAAAGAAAGCAGAGGAAGCCAGAAAGCAGAAAGACGAGGCUGACAAAGAAGCAGAAAAACAGAUUGUUGCAGCCCAACAAGCUGCCCUGAAAUGCAGUGCAGCUGAAGAGCAAGUCCAAAGUGUUCUUGCUCAACAGAAGGAAGACACCAUCACGCAGAAGAAACUUAAGGGUGAGUACGAAAAAGCCAAGAAGCUUGCCAAAGAGGCGGAGGCUGCUAAAGAGAAGGCAGAAAGGGAGGCAGCUCUCCUUCGUCAACAAGCAGAGGAGGCUGAACGACAAAGGGCAGCUGCUGAGCAAGAGGCUGCAAACCAAGCCAAAGCUCAAGAGGAUGCAGAGAGACUGAGGAAGGAUGCUGAAUUCGAAGCUGCUAAACGAGCACAAGCAGAAGCUGCAGCACUCAAGCAGAAGCAACAAGCUGAUGCUGAAAUGGUUAAGCACAAAAAACUGGCAGAGCAAACAUUAAAGCAGAAGUUCCAAGUCGAGCAAGAACUCACAAAGGUCAAACUUAAGCUUGAUGAAACUGAUAAGCAGAAAUCUGUACUUGAUGAUGAGCUGCACCGCUUGAAGGAUGAGGUUGACGAUGCUGUCAGACAAAGGGCCCAGGUGGAGGAGGAGCUGCUCAAAGUCAAGGUUCAGAUGGAGGAACUACUCAAACUGAAAAUCAGAAUUGAGGAGGAAAAUCAGCGCCUCAUCAAGAAAGACAAAGAUAACACGCAAAAAUUCCUCGCCAAGGAGGCUGACAAUAUGAAAAAGCUUGCAGAGGAUGCUGCUAGACUUAGUGUAGAAGCCCAAGAGGCUGCACGUUUGAGGCAGAUUGCAGAAGAAGACCUCAAUCAACAACGAGCUCUUGCAGAUAAAAUGCUCAAAGAGAAAAUGCAGGCCAUACAAGAGGCAUCUAGACUUAGAGCUGAGGCAGAGAUGCUCCAGAGGCAGAAGGACUUGGCUCAGGAACAGGCACAAAAGCUGCUGGAGGAUAAACAAUUGAUGCAACAGCGUCUGGAGGAGGAAACAGAGGAAUACCAGAAAUCACUUGAAGCAGAGAGGAAAAGGCAAUUGGAGAUUAUGGCUGAGGCUGAGAAACUGAAACUUCAGGUUUCUCGGCUCAGUGAAGCCCAGACCAAAGCUGAAGAGGAGGCUAAAAAAUUCAAGAAACAAGCUGAUACGAUUGCAUCACGUCUUCAUGAGACUGAAAUAGCCACCAAAGAAAAAAUGACUGUAGUGGAAAAACUGGAAGUCGCCAGACUAAAUUCCAGCAAAGAGGCUGACGAUUUACGCAAAGCUAUCGCAGACCUAGAGAAGGAGAAGGCUAGACUGAAAAUGGAGGCUGAAGACCUUCAAAAUAAGUCAAAAGAGAUGGCUGAUGCACAGCAGAAACAAAUUGAACAUGAGAAGACAGUCCUCCAGCAGACAUUCCAGACAGAAAAAGAGAUGCUGUUGAAGAAAGAGAAGCUAAUUGAAGAUGAGAAAAAGAGACUGGAAAGCCAGUUUGAAGAGGAAGUCAAAAAAGCCAAAGCUCUCAAAGAUGAACAGGAACGCCAGAGACAGCAGAUGGAGGAUGAGAAGAAGAAACUCCAGGCUACCAUGGAUGCAGCCCUCAACAAACAAAAGGAGGCUGAGAAAGAAAUGCAUAACAAGCAAAAAGAAAUGAAUGAACUGGAGAUGAAGAGACUAGAGCAAGAAAGGAUCCUUGCAGAAGAGAACCAAAAAUUGCGUGAGAAGCUGCAACAGCUUGAGGAAGCACAGAAAGACCAACACACAGACAAAGAGCUCAUCCAUGUAACAAUGGUUGAGACAACAAAGAAAGUUUACAAUGGCCAAAAUGCCAGUGAUAUUGUAGACAGUGUCGAGAAGAGACCAGACCCCUUGGCUUUUGAUGGCAUCCGUGAUAAGGUACCUGCAAGCAGACUUCAUGACCUCGGUCUUUUACCCAAGAAGGAGUUUGACAAGCUGAAAAAUGGCAAAACCACGGUGCAUGAGCUUGGUGAGACUGAAAAUCUAAGAAGAAUUCUUAAAGGAAAGAACUGCAUUGCUGGAGUUUUGACACCAUCUAAUCAAAAAAUGUCAAUGUAUCAAGCAUUGAAAGAGAAGAAGAUUACUCCAGGCACAGCCAUGAUCCUUCUUGAAGCCCAGGCAGCCACAGGUUACAUUUUAGACCCUAUUAAGAACCAGAAACUUUCUGUUAAUGAGGCUGUCAAGGAAGGCUUAAUUGGACCUGAACUGCACAACAAAAUGCUUUCAGCUGAAAGAGCAGUUACUGGCUACAAAGAUCCAUACACUGGUGGGAAGAUCUCUGUCUUUGAAGCUAUGAAGAAGGGUCUGAUUGAACAUGAUCAUGCCAUCAGAAUACUUGAGGCUCAGCGUGCAACUGGUGGCAUCAUUGACCCUAUCAAUAGUCACCGUGUACCCAAUGAAAUAGCCUAUAAACAGGGACAAUAUGACGUUGAAAUGAACAAGAUUAUGGAGAACCCUUCAGAUGACACAAAGGGAUACUUUGACCCCAGCACUCAGGAAUCUUUAACGUAUUCUGAGCUAAUGAAGAGAUGCACCACUGACCCUGACACCAGUCUGCUACUCCUGCCAAUCACAGACAAAGCUGCGCAGUGCUCAAGUAUAUACACAGAGGAGGAGACCAAGGAUGUGUUCAGCAAGACAACUGUGUCUGUGCCAUUUGGAAGAUUCAAGGGAAAGACUGUCACCAUUUGGGAAAUAAUCAAUUCUGAGUACUUCACUGAGGACCAGAAGAAGGACCUUCUCCGUCAAUACAAGACAGGCAAAAUCACAAUUGAAAAAAUCAUUAAGAUUGUGAUUACUGUGGCAGAAGAGAAAGAGAAAAAGAAUGAAAUUACCUUUGAUGGCCUGAGAACACCUGUCACUGCCACUGAGCUCCUGGAAUCCAAAAUUAUUGAUAAAGACCUGUUCAACAAAUUGCACAAAGGCAAUAAGACGGUCAAAGAAGUGUCUGAAAUGGAGCCUGUCCACAAAGCAUUGAAGGGUACAAACUGCAUUGCAGGUGUAAUUAUUGACUCAUCCAAGGAGACAAUGUCCUUUUACCAAGCUAUGAAGAAAGACAUGAUGAGAGCAGCGCCUGCCUUGAAUAUGCUUGAAGCCCAAGCAGGAACAGGCUACUUGGUAGACCCGAUUCAUAAUCAGAAGUACACUGUUGAUGAAGCUGUCAAAGCAGGUGUUGUUGGUCCUGAACUGCAUGAAAAACUCCUUUCUGCAGAGCGAGCUGUAACAGGUUACAAAGAUCCUUACACCGGAAAGACUGUAUCUCUGUUCCAGGCAAUGAAAAAAGAUCUCAUACCUAAAGAACAAGGAAUCCGACUGCUCGAUGCUCAACUGAUCACCGGUGGCAUUAUUGAUCCGGUAAAGAGCCAUCACAUUCCUCAUGAUGUGGCCUGCAAAAGAAAUUAUUUUGAUGAUGAAAUGAAACAGAUUCUUAGCAACCCCACUGAGGAAACUAAAUGCUUCUUUGACCCCAACACAAAAGAAAAUGUCACAUACGCAGAGCUCUUCAAGAGAUGUGUCACUGACAAGAAAACUGGUCUCCAGCUUCUGCCUCUUUCGGAUGAAGCAGUCAAUGCAAAGGAGGAGUUAACGUACACUGAAGUCCAGACAAAAGAGGCUAUGACUCAAGCAACUGUGGAGCUUGACUCUGGACCAUUUAAGGGCAGGAAAAUGACCAUCUGGGAAAUCAUCAACUCUGAGUAUCUCACAGAGGAACAAAGGCAUGACCUGCUCAGACAGUUUAGGUCAGGAAAGGUUACAAUUGAAAAGAUAAUCAAGAUUCUUAUCACAAUUGUAGAUGAAAAAGAAGCCAAGAAACAAGAACAGACCUGCUUCAAGGGACUCAGAGCUCCUGUGCCAGCAAGCUCUCUGUAUGAUUCCAAAAUUAUUGAUAAACCAACCUUUGACCUCCUUCAACAAGGAAAAACAACACCUAAACAAGUCAGUGAGAAUCCCAAUGUCAAUAAAUACCUCCAGGGCUCUGAGUGCAUUGCUGGCAUCUACCUGGGACCAACAAAAGAGAAAAUAAGCAUAUAUCAGGCUAUGAAGAAAAAGCUCCUCAGACACAACACAGGUCUUUCACUUCUUGAGGCCCAGGCUGCUACAGGGUUCAUUGUAGAUCCAGUGAGGAACCAGUGUGUGUCAGUAGAUGAUGCAGUCAAGUCAGGCCUUGUCGGUCCAGAGCUACAUGAAAAACUCCUCUCUGCAGAAAAAGCUGUCACUGGCUAUAAAGAUCCAUUCACAGGCAACAAAAUAUCCCUCUUUGAAGCAAUGCAAAAAGAUCUCAUCUUGAAAGAGCAUGCUAUGCCACUGUUAGAAACACAAAUGGUUAGUGGAGGAAUCAUUGAUCCUGUAAACAGCCACCGUGUCCCAACAGAUGUAGCAUAUCAAAAGAACAUUUUCAGCAAAGAAACUGCCAAGACCCUAUCUGAACCAUCUGAUGAUAACAAGGCUUUCUCAGAUCCAGAAACUGAUGAAAAUGUUACCUACAGGCAGCUUAAAGACAAGUGCCAAAGAGAUCCAGAGACAGGCCUGCACAUCCUCCCGCUGUCUAAGCCUCAGUCUCCAACUGUUGUGGAGAAGACAUACCUCUACACAGAGGAACAAACACAGAGUGAUCUGACCAACACCCAAAUUGACAUACCAAUCGAGGGCCUUGCUGAUAAACCAAUGAACCUCUGGGAUGUCAUGAACUCAAACUUGCUUCCAGAGCAGGAGAGGCAGAAGCUCAUGGAUGAAUAUCGCUCUGGUAAAAUCAGUAAAGAGCGUAUGAUCAUCAUAAUUAUUGAGAUCAUGGAGCAGAGGGAAAUCAUCAGAAAUGACAGUCCGCUGUCAUAUAAGACUAUAAGGAGAAGGAUAACUAUUGAGGAGCUCUACAAUGCCCGCAUCAUUGACUUGGAGACAUACAACCUCCUUAAAGAGGGCAAGAGGGACAUCCGUGACAUAAUGGAGCUGACCAGUGUGAAACAGUAUCUCUAUGGCACAGGCUGUGUUGCUGGGGUCACAACUGACUCAAGCUCCAAGAUAAGCAUAUACCAAGCUAUGAAGAGAGGUUUUAUUAAACCAGAAGUAGCCCUCAGCCUCCUAGAGGCACAAGCUGCUACAGGAUUCAUUGUUGAUCCAGUUAAAAAUGAAACGCUCACGGUUGACGAAGCUGUUCGUAAGGGUGUUGUCGGCCCUGAGAUCCAUGACAAACUUCUUUCAGCUGAGAGAGCAGUCACAGGAUACAAAGAUCCAUACAGUGGAAAAAUCAUAUCUCUUUUCCAGGCCAUGAAAAAAGACCUUGUUCCAGAGGACUAUGCUCUCAAAAUGUUAGAGGCACAAACUGCCACUGGUGGUAUUAUUGAUCCUGAAUUCCAAUUCCAUCUGCCAGCAGACAUUGCCAUGCAAAGAGGUUAUAUCAACAAGGAAACCAAUGAAAGGCUGACUGAAAGCGUUAAAGGAUUUGUUGACCCUGUCACUGAAGAGAACCUGUCAUAUGCACAGCUGCUUAAGAGAUGCAAGUUAGAUGGUGGGUUGCGCCUACUGUCAUUGGGAGACAAGAGGCUGAUGUUCAAGGGUCUGCGGAAACAGAUCACAAUGGAGGAGCUGCUCCGCUCGCAAAUUAUUGACCAGCAGACUGUCACUGAACUGAAUGAAGGUCGUGUUUCAGUGGAAGAGGUUAGCAGUAGACUAUCAAGGUACCUUGAGGGCACAAGCUGUAUUGCUGGUGUAUAUUUAGAGUCCACAAAGGAACGCCUAUCAAUUUACCAGGCCAUGAAGAAGAACAUGAUUAGGCCAGGCACUGCGUUUGAACUCCUUGAGGCCCAGGCAUCCACAGGGUAUGUCAUUGAUCCAAUCAAAAACCUCAAACUGACUGUCAAUGAAGCAGUUAGAAUGGGAAUUGUAGGACCUGAAUUCAAAGAUAAGCUGCUUUCAGCUGAGCGGGCAGUGACAGGAUAUAGAGAUCCUUAUUCAGGCAAAACGAUCUCCCUUUUCCAAGCCAUGAAAAAGGGCCUUAUCCUGAAAGAUCAUGGUAUCCGUCUCCUGGAAGCCCAGAUUGCCACUGGUGGAAUCAUUGACCCAGAGGAAAGCCACCGUCUGCCAGUUGAGGUGGCCUACAAACGUGGCUUCUUUGAUGAGGAAAUGAAUGAAAUCCUGACAGAUCCAUCUGAUGACACCAAGGGCUUUUUUGAUCCCAACACUGAGGAAAACCUAACCUACCUCCAGCUCAUGGAGAGGUGCAUCACUGAUCCCGACACUGGCCUGGUGCUCCUGCUACUGAAAGAAAAGAAACGAGAAAGGAAGACCUCCUCCAAAUCCUCAGUUCGUAAACGCAGAGUUGUGAUUGUAGACCCAGAGACAGGCAAAGAAAUGACAGUGUACGAGGCCUACAGGAAGGGGCUCAUUGACCACCAAACCUACCUGGAGCUUGCUGAGCAGGAGUGCGAAUGGGAAGAGAUCACAAUGACCUCCUCUGAUGGUACUGUCAAAUCCAUUAUUAUUGACAGGAGGUCAGGGAGACAGUAUGAUGUUGAUGAUGCUCUUUCACGUGGCCUAAUUGACCAGAAUGCUCUGGAUACAUACAGAGGUGGAAACCUGUCCAUCACAGAAUUUGCUGACAUGCUCUCUGGAAACAUGGGAGGCUUCCGCUCUCGCUCAUCCUCCUUUGGUUCCACCACUGGUUCCACUUACUCUUCUCCUAUGAGCCCCAUACCCUCCAUUAAACCACCUGCGGUCAUAUGGAAUGACCCCACAGAGGAGACUUGCCCCAUAGCUGGAAUCUUAGACAUAGACACACUGGAGAAGGUGUCUAUCACUGAGGCCAUACACAGAAACCUGGUAGACAACAUUACUGGUCAAAGAUUGUUGGAGGCCCAAGCCUGCACAGGAGGAAUAAUUGACCCCACAACUGGGGAGAGAUUCUCAGUCACUGAUGCUACAGAAAAGGGCCUUGUGGAUAAGGUCAUGGUUGAUCGCCUCAACCUGGCUCAAAAAGCAUUCAAUGGAUUUGAAGACCCCAGAACUAAAGUAAAGAUGUCUGCCUCUCAGGCUCUAAAGAAAGGCUGGUUAUAUUAUGAGGCUGGGCAGCGUUUCCUUGAGGUCCAAUAUCUGACUGGUGGUCUUAUUGAGCCUGAUGUUGAAAGCAGAGUGUCACUAGAUGAAUCCAUCAGGAAGGGUACAAUCGAUGCCCGCACUGCCCAGAAACUGAGAGAUGUCAGUGCUUAUUCUAAAUAUCUAACAUGUCCAAAAACCAAGCUGAAAAUCUCCUUCAGAGAUGCCAUGGACAAAAGCAUGGUUGAGGAAGGAUCUGGCCUAAGGCUUCUGGAAGCCUCUUCACAGUCCAGCAAAGGUCUCUACAGUCCCUACAAUGCCAGUGGCCCUGGAUCUGCCUAUGGCUCCCGAACUGGCUCAAGGACCGGAUCCAGAACAGGCUCCAGGAGAGGCAGCUUUGAUGCUGGCUCUGGCUUCACCAUGAACUUCUCAUCCUCCUCCUUCACAUCCUCUUCAACUGGCUAUAGCCGCAGAUUCUGAUCAGCUAGUUCUGUUCCUAAACAGUACUAAUGCACUUUACAGUUGCAUUUCACACAGGAAAAAAAGUUACAGUAACAAAGAAAAUAUAAUUUAUUUAUUCUUUCUUCCAUAUGGUCACAUCAAGAAUUGCCUAGGCUAUUCUUUUUUCUUCAUAUAUAGCAGAUGUCUAAAUAUGUGCCUCAUAUAUGGAGACAUAACUCAGCAUUGCUAGAUAUAUAAGAAAUUAAUUUUCUUUCCUAAGUCACUUUAUAUUUUUCAAAGCAAAGCAUGACAUUUCUGCUGUUUUUUUAAGUGACUUUAUAGUUUUCAUUUUACACCUGUUAAAAAAGUGUAUACUUGUGCUUUCUGAAACUAAUAUAUACUGUAUGUAUGGUAUGUCAAACAGAAAUAUUUUUCCAGUAUUCCUCGUUCCUUUUGAAAUUUAAGAAUAUUUGUCUAUUUUUUAUCUUUUUCGACAGUACAACUUAAAGAGAUACUGUAUGUCAACUUAGAUCUAAUGUUUUUAACAGAUUCUAAAAUACAUAGAUGCCUUCAAAUCUCUGAAUGUUUGCAUAGAGUAUGGACAGAUUUCUUUUCAUGUUAAAUGUUGCCUAACUAAGUGAUAUACACAGUAAGAAUACACCUGUGAAACACUACAAAAUGAGACACAAUAGGAGUACAACACUGAAAAGAAGUGCCAGGAUUAAAAUUAUGCAGACUGUUCUGAAACCGGUCAUUACCUUGUGCAUAUACCCAUUCAUAUUCAGUGGACUUUAACAUCCUUUGAUUUCAUCACACCAUUGUUUUACACACUCCAAGUGUUGGAUUCUUAUGUUCACCAUCAUUCAAGUGUUCCUGGUAAAUCCCAAGAUGAUGUCAGACUUGAUCCUGCUCUCCCAUUCACCAUCCUGCCUCCUGUUAUUUUGGUUCUUCUGCCUCAGUUCCUCAGAAUCCAGCAUAUGAGCACAGAUACUCAGUUGGCCAGCGCAUACGAUCCCCUCAACUUGGAUGGAUUUGUGAGUCUAUGUCAUCCUCACACAGUUACACAGAUUUGCCAUUGAGUAUGUCCCUUCUUCCAUUGCACAUCACAUUUGAAGAAAGCUGAGGCAGAGUCAACCUGACACCAUCUUGGGAUACCUUUCUAGGAACACUCUUCAUUCAUUACCUUUUUUCAUGUAUUUAUUACUUGAAUGCUCAUACUGAUAUUCAUGUUGUCAUGUCCGGAUUUUUUCUAGAGAACACUCCCGAAGCAUACACGCAUGUGCGUGUGUAUUUUUUCAUCUACAUUUGAAUUAACUGUAGUGGUAAAACAGCACGCUCUCAUUUAGCAGUGCUUAAGUCCACUGAGUAUAUUUUUGUAUGAUCUCUCUCUGUAAAUUCAAUCCAACCAAAGUGCUAAUAAGAUACAUCUGGAGAAUUGACAUAUUUGAUACAGCAGCACAUUGCAUGAAUGUAUGUAUUAUAUGAAAUUAACUCAUUUCAGUUGACAGUUUGCCACAGAUUUCCUUUGCAAACUGAAAAACAGCUUGAAGCUUUAUUUUGCUUAGAGUUAUUUUUCCACAGCAAGUGUUUUCUGUUAUGUAUCGUGUUUUCCUCUGUAAAUCCUUUUAUUUUGUUUUCAUCAAGUUUUGAUAUGUUAUGAAUUUGCCUUGCAUGUUUUACUAACUAUACCAAGGAUAUUUGGGGAAAAUGUUAGUGUAAAAUAACUGCAGAUGUAACUGCUGGUUUUAAUUUUAGCAUUAUAUAAAUUCACACACUAACACUAACUGGUUAGUUUUGCUUAUGGGACAGAUUUUGCUUUGAAUGAUAUGGUGAGUGGAUUCUGUUGUAUGUUCUGAACAUAACACUAUGUUGUAAAUAAAUAUGCUCUGAAGAGG